ACCAACCAUUCUAUCUUGACUCCAACCCCCAUGGAAAAAUUAUGUGAUGAAAACACUCUUGUACCAAAAUACUUGCAAGAAUAUGACUUAGGUGAAGAAUGCAAGGAGUUGUUAGCCACAUUGCCAUUAGAAAAAGGUUGGAUUACAACUCACUUACAUCAAUAUCAAGGAUUUUGGUUUGCUCCAAAGAGUCUCCAAGGUGCUUUAUCUUGUCAAAAGCACUUUCAAGCCCUUGACACUGAUAUUCUCUUAGUCACUUGUCCUAAAUCAGGUACCACUUGGCUCAAAGCAUUGACUUUUGCUUUGAUAAACCGCAACAAAUAUCCAAAUAUUCAUAACAACCAUCCUUUGCUCACGACAAACCCACAUGAUCUUGUUCCCUUUUGGGAGAUUGGCCUUUACUAUAACAAAGAUUGUGUCCCUAAUCUUAAAACAUUAUCUCCUCCAAGAAUCUUUUCUACUCAUCUAUCUUAUGAAUCAUUACCAAAAUCAGUGAAAGACUCAACUUGCAAAGUGGUGUAUCUAUGUAGAGAUCCUAAAGACGCUUUUGUUUCAUAUUGGCAUUUCAUAAACAAACUUAGAUCCAAACAAAGUGGAAAACUUCCAUUACAAGAGGCUUUUGAGAGUUUUUGUAGAGGAGUGAAUCCUUUUGGACCUUUUUGGGAGCAUGUAUUAGGAUAUUGGAAGAAAAGCUUGGAAGGUUCAAAUAAGGUUAUGUUCUUGAAAUAUGAAGAAAUGAAAAUGAAGCCCUAUUUUUAUUUGAAAGAAAUUGCUAAGUUUUUGCAGUGUCCAUUUUCCAAAGAAGAAGAAUCUAAAGGUGUGGUUGAUGAUAUUUUAAAUUUGUGUAGCUUUGAGAAGUUGAGUAACUUGGAAGUUAACAAGACUGGAAAAAUGUCUUAUGAUAUUGAAAACAAAUCUUUUUUCCGUCUUGGUCAAGUUGGAGAUUGGAAGAAUCUUCUUACAACCGAAAUGAUUGAGCAUAUAAACACCAUCACAGAAAAGAAAUUGGCUAAACAUGGGUUGAGUUUUUAGAUUUUGUGAAAUUCUGCAUAAUUUUGCUCCGAGUCAUAUGAGGAUCAGCAUAACAAAAUUAGCUUCUUGGCAUAUUGCUUUAGACGUGGAAGAAUAAAUUGGUUUCAAUUAUUUUAUAGAUGGUAUGUUUGUUUUGUGUGAUGUUGUAAUGUCCAUUGUUUUGUUGAUGCCACCUAGCUUUUCUUUAUUUGUUGUGUUACUUUGAUUUGGUACUAGUUUUUCUUCAUAACUUUGUAAUUGUGUGUUAAUUUGCGAGAGAAUUUGCACAAG